CCCUGCUGCUGCCGGCGCCUGCCGAGGCCCCGCUGGAGACGCAGCUGGGUGAGGAGGGGCCGGGGAGGAAGAGGAAGGGAUGGGAUGGGAUGGGAUGAAGAUGAUGAUGAUGACGAUGAUGAUGACGAUGGGAUGGGAUGAGGAUGAUGAUGAUGACGACGCUGGUGCCGGUGCUGGUGCCGAUGACGAUGACAAUGACGAUGACAAUGACAAUGACAAUGAUGACCAUGACAAUGAGAUGGGAUGAUGAUGAUGAUGACGAUGGUGAUGACGAUGCUGGUGCCGGUGCCGGUGCCGAUGACAAUGACAAUGACAAUGACGAUGAUGACGAUGGGACGAUGAUAACAAUGACGAUGAUGAUGAUGACGAUGAUGACGAUGAUGAUGAUGAUGAAGAAGACGAUGAAGACGCCGGUGCCGGUGCCGGUUCCGGUGCCGGUGCCAAUGCCCAUGACGAUGACAAUGACAAUGACAAUGGUGAGGAUGAUGAUGAUGAUGAUGAUGAAGAUGCCGGUGCUGGUUCUGGUGCCGGUGCCAAUGACAAUGACGAUGACGAUGACAAUGACAAUGAUGACGAUGGGAUGACAAUGAUGGUGAUGAUGAUGAUGAUGAUGAUGACGACGCCGGUGCCGGUUCCGGUGCCAAUGCCAAUGACCAUGAGGAUGACAAUGACAAUGACAAUGGUGACGAUGAUGACGAUGAUGAUGAUGAUGAAGAUGCUGGUGCUGGUUCUGGUGCCGGUGCCAAUGACAAUGACAAUGACGAUGAUGACGAUGGGACGAUGAUGAUGAUGAUGAUGAUGAAGAUGCCGGUGCCGGUGCCGAUGCCAAUGACCAUGAGGAUGACAAUGACAAUGACAAUGGUGACGAUGAUGACGAUGAUGAUGAUGAAGAUGCCGGUGCUGGUUCUGGCGCCGGUGCCGAAGACAAUGACGAUGACAAUGACGAUGAUGACGAUGGGAUGGGAUGAUGAUGAUGAUGAUGAUGAUGAUGAUGAUGAAGACGCUGGUGCCGGUGCCGGUGCCGAUGCUGAUGACAAUGACAAUGACAAUGACAAUGACAAUGAUGACAAUGGGAUGAUGAUGAUGAUGAUGGUGAUGACGACGCUGGUGCCGGUGCCGGUGCCGAUGACAAUGACAAUGACAAUGACGAUGAUGACGAUGGGACGAUGAUAACAAUGACGAUGAUGAUGAUGACGAUGAUGACGAUGAUGAUGAUGAUGAAGAAGACGAUGAAGACGCCGGUGCCGGUUCUGGUGCCGGUGCCAAUGCCAAUGACCAUGACGAUGACAAUGACAAUGACAAUGGUGACGAUGAUGAUGAUGAUGAUGAUGAAGAUGCUGGUGCCGGUGCCGAUGCCAAUGACCAUGAGGAUGACAAUGACAAUGACAAUGACAAUGAUGACGAUGGGAUGGGAUGAUGAUGAUGAUGAUGAUGAUGAUGAUGAUGAUGAAGACGCUGGUGCCGGUUCUGGUGCCGAUGCCGGUGCCGAUGCCAGUGACCAUGACGAUGACAAUGACAAUGACAAUGGUGACGAUGAUGAUGAUGAUGAUGAUGAUGAUGAUGAUGAUGAAGAAGAUGCCGGUGCUGGUUCUGGUGCCAGUGACCAUGACGAUGACAAUGACGAUGAUGACGAUGAUGAUGAUGAAGAUGCCGGUGCUGGUUCCGGUGCCGGUGCCGAUGACAAUGACAAUGACGAUGAUGACGAUGGGACGAUGAUGAUGAUGAUGAUGAUGAUGAUGAUGAUGAAGAUGCCGGUGCCGGUGCCGAUGCCAAUGACCAUGACGAUGACAAUGACAAUGACAAUGGUGACGAUGAUGAUGAUGAUGAUGAAGAUGCCGGUGCUGGUUCCGGUGCCGGUUCCGAUGCCAAUGACAAUGACAAUGACGAUGAUGACAAUGGGACGAUGAUGAUGAUGGGGUGAUGAUGAUGAUGAUGAUGAUGAUGAUGAUGAACACGCCAGUGCCGGUGCCGGUGCCGGUGCCGGUGCCGGUUCCGAUGCCGAUGCCGCCCUCCCCGCAGUG